AUGGUCAUCGCAGAAGGGCAAGAUCAGGUAAGGGGUGGUCAGUUGCCCCUAGAACCAAGGGACGUUCAAAUUCCUCCGACACCCAAGGGGAUCAAUUGGAUGUUGAAGUCUUAUUCAAGUAUGUUAAUCGUGAAACUCUCAUAUGUUUAUGUGGGUAAUAAAGAGCAAGUCCCUCUGUCGACCUCCUUCACCGCAAACCAGCCCUGCGAGCCUUCCUCCGCCGCGCAGCAACCUCCGACGGCACCACGUCACCGCCGCUGUGAGCCCUCCGUCGCUACCAGCUGCUCCACCUCCGACGAAGCCCUCGACGAUGAGCACCCCUGUCUGCUGGUCUUCCGUCGCGAGACCUCCACAACGACCAACAGCCCUCCUUCGCUCGCGAGUACCAGCAAGCCGGCGAACUCCCCUCAUCCGGCGACCCCAGCAGCGAUCCCAGCAAGCUCCGUCGAGUUCAUCCUCCAUCGCCAACCUCCGACAGCAUCUACGCUGCGACUCGAGCCCUCCACUGACGAGUCUUCAGCCGUGACUGCUCCUCUUCCCUCGGCGAGCUGCGUGAAACCGUCGAGCCGUUGCCGCAGCCGCGAGCCGCCUCCGACAAGCCGUCGUCCCAUUUUCGAACACAUAUCCCGAGAACGGGACGCGACUUGGUCGACUUCGGAACGUGUGGUGGUCGGCCUUGGCACGCGGGGAGGUGAAUUGCCGAGAGAGAUGAAUGUCGGAAGUUUCGAGGAUGAGAAUCGGCGCGAAAUGGCGGGAAAAAUGGCGGCGAAAAUGGUGACCGGAAUGGCGCCGGUGACUGUCGGAGGCGGAAGUCGGCCGUGGUUGAGCUAUUGA